AUGACAGAUAAACAAUCGCUAGGCUAUGGUUAUGCCAAAGAUUCAUGGUGCGUUUAUUUUAGUGGACGAAAAAUAGAAGGUGCAUUGGCAAUGACAUUUGAAGUAUUACUUGAUAACUAUGCCAAAGACCCAUGGUCAGUUUAUUAUAAUGGAGAAAAAAUUGAAGGAGCAUCGACAAAAACGUUUAAAACAUUGAGCUACGGUUACGGAAAAGAUGCAUGGUCGGUUUAUUUUCGUGGAAGAAAAAUUCAAGAUGCAUCAACAAACGCAUUUGAAAUAUUAAGCGAUGGCUAUGCAAAAGAUGCACGGCAUGUAUUUUAUUUGGGUCAAAAAGUGAAAGAUGCCUCAACGUUUUCAUUUAAACAAUUGCAUUUUUGA